UUUUGGUUAAAGGAUUAAUUCACUUAGAUAUUUCUGCUUUCAUAAUGGUACUUAAUAUUCUCUAGAUGCCACUGCCGAUACAGAUGGAGGGUUUAUCACAAAGGGAGAUGAAUUUUCAUCUGUUGCAGGUAAUACAGAAGACCCAGAGCCUUUAUUUGGACAGUAUAAUACCGGUAGUGUCUUAAAUCCCUCCACUGGUAUGAUAAGCAGAUUGGCAAUCUGUGAUGAUGUUAGCUUUUGUGGGUAUCCAGAUACGUUGACACGGAAUACUUUGAUUGAGAACUCAGCGAAGGUAAGGAGACCAUUCAUCUUGGUAGCUUUAUCAAUAUUAUUGGCCACUCAAUGAUGAAUACAACAGCUAUGAUGAUUAUAAAAUAAUAUCAUAUGAAAAGAUCCAGAAAGACACAGGUUCAGCUGAUUUCACUUUCUACAAUGCUGACAAUACCAGAGUGGUUUAUCCAACCAAUAAUGGAUGGGUCAGUCUGUAUAAAGAUAGCUGGAUGAUGACAGAGCCAUUUCCAUUCAAUAAUGCCAUGCAGUUCACAAUUGAGUUUGAGUUUCUUAAAUUUGAUCAUGACACUGUCUUCUGGAUGUUCCCAUGGUUUGAUGAAAGUAGUGAUUCAAAGCAAUACUGGUAAGAGAUAUUCCCAUCAACUGUAGGACGAACUAUCAUCACCGGAUGCGAGCAGGCUCCAAGGACACAAUGAAAGAUAUGCCUGAUAUAUCCGAGUCUAAGUGGACCAAA